AUGCCAUUAUUCGAAACUAUAACAGUUGAUAUAGAACAACUAAGAGAGACAGUAUCAAAGAUAUGGGGAGUAGAGAUUGACAAAUGUAUCAAAGCAUCACAGAAUCAUACCUAUCUUGCUAAAGAUGGUGACAAACAAUUCAUACUUCGAAUUACACCCGACCCCAAACAAGAUAGAGAAGCAGCAAUGGAGUUGGAAGUACAAUUCUUACAAUACCUUGUAGAGAAUGGUCUGCCAACAUGUCCACCCAUUCAAAAACUAAAGGGUCAAUCUGAAAAGGAUACAUCUUCAUCAUUGUAUAUCGCCAAGAUUGAUACUUUGUUAUUAGUAGUAUUUAGCUAUGCUGAUGGUGAACCUGUAGUCUAUCAAGAUUGGAAGUGGUUAAAUACAAAAGAGAUUGUUGUUGCUUUGGGUAGAUGGUUCCAUCAACUACACACUCUAUCCAAAAAGUAUUCAGCUACACCGUCAUCAUCAACGGCCACUUGUCUAGCAGCUGCACGUAACUGGCGUAAACUACAUGGUGGUGUACUCGAGACUGUCAUUGUCGACCCACUAGACCAAGCAACUGUCACUGACCCCAACCAAUUUGGUAUCAUUCACGGUGACGUUAAUCCAAGUAACUAUUUUUGGAACGCAGACAUCUCUAUGCCCGUCAUGUUUGAUUGGGAUCAAUUACAAUCAUCUUGGUUCUUGUAUGACCUAUCCGCUCCCAUCUGGGGUGUUGUAGUCCUUGAAAAGUCUGGGUCUGACGGUAAACCAGUCCCAGGUGCUUCAGUCUCUCAAUAUACAGAUUGGCUACUACAAGGUUAUGAAGAACAAGACGGCGGUGUCAAAGUAGACAGACAAGCACUAGAUCGUAUGGUUGUCAUUAGAAGAGAACUCUAUGUCCGAUUCUGUAAACAAGCUAUCGGUGAACUACAAGAUGAUCAUCCAAUAAUAAUGAUCAAUAAUGAUAUUAUAAAAGAUGAUGAUGAUGAUUUAGAGACUGUUGCAACAAAUGUACUAGUAGACGAGGAGCAGCAACAAGAUACAUCCAAUAAACUAGUAGUUUUGGAUAUCAAUUUUACACCAAUAGUAACACAAGAAAAAGAAGAAGAAGAUGAUGAAGCAAAUGCAACAUUGACAGAAAUGUCUAGUAUAUCAUCAUCAAAUUCAUUGGUAUCAGCUGAAGAAACUGAAUUGGAUAAUACCAGUGAUCAAUCAACUACUACUUUACAACCAGAACAACAACAACAAAUAACAAAUGAACAACAACAAAAAGAUCAAAAGAAAACAAUACCAAUUAAUCUUGAUUUCUUGGAUGAUUUGGUUGCAACUGUAAAAGAUUAUAAUAAAUCUUCUACCUCUUCUACCUCGUCUACCUCUACAACUUGUACUUUGAAUGAACAAAUUACACCAUUAUCAUCACCAAGAUUAGAAUAUGUUUCACAUCCAACCAUUGCCAUUUUACCAACAUCAUCAUCACAAGUUGGAUCAUCGUCGUCAUCAUCAUCAUCAUCGUCAUCAUCAUAUGAACCUUAUGAAGUACCAAAGAAAUCUUUACCUCCUAUUCCUCAAACGACAAAUCAUUCAAGAUCACUUUCUACUUCAGUUUUGGAAAAGGAUGAAAAAGAAAAGAAUAAUAUAACUACUGAUCAAUCAACAACUCAACAUCAAUCAACUCCAAAUACUCCAACUUUAUUGGGUGGCCAAAAAUCCAUAUCUACAACUACAACCACAACUAUAUCAACUCCAAUUCCUAAUCCAACUCCAACUCCUACCAAUCCUCCAAUACAACAAAAUUCUGGACCAUCAUUUAUAAAAAGAAUUUUUAGAAGAGAUUCUAGUAAAACAAAUGUUAAAAUUUUAGAAGAAUCUCAACAAAUAACAUCACCACCAACUAUAUCAAGAGAAAAUAGUGGUUCUUCUACCACUUCUACUGCCGCUACGACGGAUGGAUUUUUUAGUUCAAUUGGAAGUUUAUUAUCAAAGUCUGCACCAUCAACACCUGAUGCAAAAAGAAAUCAACAAAAUCAACAAAAUCAACAAAAUCCUUCCAUUGAACCAUUUUCAUUAUUAUCUCCUACUACUACUACUACUCUUACUACAUCACUUUCAUCACUACCAUCAAUGGAGACAUUUGCAAAAUUAAUAGAAAUUAGUGAACCAUUAUCAUAUGAAGUAUUUUUAGAGAAAUUGGAAAGUGCAGCACAUAUAAAAUCAUCGAUUGAUAGUUUUGUUUCCAAACUAAAGAAUCGAAAAGGAUUGGCAAAUGAUGAUCUUCGAGAGGCAUUGAUGGAUUUUGUCUCAAAUACUAUGCAUUCACUUUCCAACGAUGAGAGAUGGGCCAAUUCAACCAACGAUGAAAUGGUCUACACCUCUCAUCAUCUUCAACAAUAUGUCAUUGAAAAAAUCUAUGACUAUGUAUUCCGCGCCACCCAAGACGAAGUUGAAAAGGAUCAAAAGUUGGCAGACACGAUUGCCCACCUCUACUUUAUUCAACCACAUCACCUCGAAAUCAUUGUCAAUGAAUCGAGUGAACCCAUGUGGGACGAGGCUGCUGCUUUUCUUCAAAAAAUCAAUACCACCAAGAGUUGUCGUCACAAAAUGAUGUAUAUCGUAAAAUCUUGUAAAUCUAUUCUAAAUAAUCUUUCAUCUCAAAGCUCUGGUGAAUCUCAUGGUGCAGAUUCUUUACUUCCUCAUUUAAUUUAUGUAGUUUUAAAAUCAAAUCCAACAAAUUUAAAUUCAAAUGUUUCGUUUAUAAGUAAAUUUUCAGAUGCAACAGAUUCUGAAGCAAUUUAUUAUAUGACUCAAUUGGUAUCUGUAAUUUAUUUUAUUGAAAAUAUUAAAGCAGAAUCUUUAAAAAUUGAUAAAAAAGAAUUUAAUAGAUUAAUUGGAAAGAAAAAGAAAGAAGAAGAAGAAGAAGAAGAAAAGGAAGAGGAAGAGAAGAAGAAAAAGAAGAAAAAGAACUUUGAUAAUUUAUCAAGAUCAAUUAUAUUUGAUGAUGGAGCAUUGGCAUCAUUGAUUGAAAUGUUUCCAGAUUGUGAUAAUCAAUAUUUAAUAGAUUGUAUAAAUUAUAUAGAUACUAAACAUCGUCACAAAAAUCCUCCUCAGGGACCAUUGUCUAUUGCAGAAUUGGUAAAUCGUGUCACAAAUAUGAUUGCUGAACAUCAAGGUUAUCUUCAAGUUUCUCCAAAUUUAAAAUUAAGAGGAAAAGGAGAUAAAAAGAAAAAUCAAAAUAAUCAAAAUAAUCAAAAUAAUAUGACAAAAUCAACUUCAUUUCAAUCUUUAAAUAUUAGUAAAGAAAAUAAUAAUAAUAAUAAUCAAAAUAAUAAUACAAUUUCAACAAAUACUGCUUUACAACAACUUUUAGGUCAAAAGGAAAAAGAAGUAGAACAAUUAAAACGUAAAUCCCAAAAUGAUGAAAUGGAAAUAAUAGAGUUGAAAAAGAAAUUACAACAGGCUAGUGCAAAGAAUCGUAAAUCUGGGGAAAUUGAUUUGGCUAGUUUACAGUUUGGCAAUGCAUCGUAUGAUCAAUUGAAAUUGACAGAUCUACCAAAAUUGUUCGAGGAAUAUCAGAAAAUGUUUGCGCUGGUCAAAAAUGUUCAAUCUCUUGAUAACCUUUGUGGCAAAGAGUUAUUUGGCCUACAGCGAAUCCUACGCCGAUUCCUAUACGUAUGGGACCCUUUGGUCACCAUCUAUUUACAAAUCCGUGAUGUUGACAGGUCUGGUGGCAGUCUUUCAGGAUCAACAUUGCUAUUAUGGUCUGUCGGGCCAUAA